GGUUUCGCGUUCCGACGCGCCGAUUCCGAAACGUUAUUAUCCCCCGAUAAAUCGCCGAAUAUCGGCCGAUAUAUCGCCGAUACGGUUUCCCCCUUCCUCUAUUUCUUCGUCGUCGUCUCCCCCGAUCCUAAAUUUGGCCCCGAUUUGAUCGGCGCUUCGCUCCCUCUUCCUCCUCGUCUCUUUGCCCUACGCGCUCGGGCUCGGGAUCGCGCGAUCAUUUCCCGAUUUUUUCUUUUUCGCGGCGCAUGGCGAGGAAAUGGUGUCGGAGAUCGGAUUCCUCGGCGGCGGCGGCGGCGGCGGCGGCGGCGGCGGUGGGGAUGAGCCUCCUCUUCGCCUCGGCGAUCGCGUCCGCGGAUCGCCGAUCCGAAGUCGAAGCCUCGGGAGAAGCUUCUAGAAGCGGCUCGAUCGUCCCCGAUUACUUCCUCCGGCUCGCCGAUUUUCUGUGGCGAUCCGAUGGAUCCUCGUACCAACACGUUUGGCCGCCUAUGGAAUUUGGGUGGAGGAUCGUGUUGGGAUCCGUGAUCGGAUUCAUGGGAGCGGCGUUUGGGAGCGUGGGAGGAGUCGGUGGUGGAGGGAUUUUCGUUCCCAUGCUUACUCUGAUUAUCGGAUUCGAUCCCAAAUCCUCUACCGCAUUAUCAAAAUGUAUGAUCAUGGGUGCAGCCGCAUCGACCGUUUACUACAAUCUCAAGCUGAGGCAUCCAACUUUGGAUAUGCCAAUUAUCGAUUACGACUUGGCAUUACUUGUCCAACCCAUGCUUAUGCUCGGAAUCAGCCUCGGUGUCAUAUUUAAUGUAAUAUUUCCCGACUGGAUGGUCACCGUGCUUCUGAUCAUCCUCUUCUUAGGCACAUCAAUUAAGGCAUUUAUGAAGGGUGUGGAGAGUUGGAAGAAAGAGACAAUUAUCAAGAAGGAGACCGCCAAACGCUUAGAAUCGAGUGGUCGGGCGAGUGAAGUGGAAUACCAACCACUUCCUUCUGGUCCUUCUGGUCCAGGCAAUGGUGAGCGAAAUGUGACUAAGAUGAAUGGCGACCGAGAGGUCCCAAUACUAGAGAAUGUAUGCUGGAAGGAGCUUGGUCUUCUUGUCUUUGUGUGGAUGGCAUUCCUUGUAUUGCAGGUUGCAAAGAACUACACACCAACAUGCUCCACAUGGUAUUGGGUUGUUAACUUGCUUCAGGUACUACAGUUGGCCAUUCCUUGUUUAAAUUUUUAACACCUGUUUGCUGAGGCUUCCGGAACAACAAAAUUAACCUUGAGAUGCCGUAAGAAUAUGAUUGUGCAGUGGUGGGAAGCCAUAAUGAGGUUUUGGACCCCAAAAACAGAAGCUCUAGUUCAGAGUUUCUGCUUUGGCCUUUGGUUGGAAGCUGUAAGAGGAUGAUUUUAGCGAAAAGACUAUAAGCGUCUUUUGGAAUAGCUCUUCGCAAAAAUCACUUCUAUACCAUCUGGGAUGAUUAGAUCCUUAGGCCGUUAGGCGC